CCGAACCGACCCGCCAAAGUUUCUCUUUUUCUACCACUACAUCUAUCUCCACCUUAAACCCCCGCACCCUAAACCUCCACACUCCUCCUCGGGUUUAGGGUUCUAACACAUCGGGAAUCAAUCCACCACCAUGACCCGAUUCCAAAAUGGAUCACGCCUCCUCUCCUACACCUUCUCCCGCUCCAAAACGACGUCGUCAGUGUCUCCAACCACGGCUCUCCUCCAGGGCAACUUCCAAAUCCAGCACUCCCGCCACUUCUCCAACCUCGCAAGCGCCACCACAAAAGAAGAAAAGGAGCCAUGGUGGAAGGACUCGAUGGAACGAUUGAGAAAUAUUGGUAUCUCAGCUCAUAUCGAUUCCGGUAAAACCACACUCACUGAACGCAUACUGUAUUACACUGGUCGAAUUCACGAGAUUCAUGAGGUUCGCGGCCGUGAUGGCGUUGGGGCCAAGAUGGAUUCCAUGGAUUUGGAGAGAGAGAAAGGGAUCACUAUUCAAUCCGCUGCUACUUACUGCUCUUGGAAUGGAUAUCAGGUGAAUAUAAUUGAUACACCAGGACAUGUGGAUUUUACAAUAGAGGUGGAGAGGGCUCUGAGAGUGUUGGAUGGUGCAAUUCUGGUAUUGUGUAGCGUGGGUGGAGUGCAAAGUCAGUCUAUUACUGUGGAUAGGCAAAUGAGGAGAUAUGAGGUGCCUAGGCUUGCUUUUAUUAAUAAACUUGAUCGAAUGGGAGCUGAUCCUUGGAAAGUUUUGAACCAGGCAAGGUCUAAACUAAGACAUCAUAGUGCAGCAGUUCAAGUUCCAAUUGGGUUGGAAGAUGAUUUUCAAGGCCUUAUCGAUCUUGUAAAGAUGAAAGCAUAUUAUUUCCAUGGCUCAAAUGGUGAAAAAAUUGUCACUGCAGAAAUACCGGUUGAGAUUGAGGCCUUGGUUGCAGAAAAACGGCGUGAAUUAAUAGAAACAGUUUCUGAAGUUGAUGAUAAACUUGCAGAUGCUUUUCUUGCAGAUGAAUCUAUUUCAACCUCUGACCUUGAGAAGGCAAUUCGCAGGGCUACUGUAGCAAAGAAAUUUGUUCCUGUAUUCAUGGGCAGUGCAUUCAAGAACAAGGGAGUGCAGCCACUUUUAGAUGGUGUGCUUAGCUAUUUGCCUUGUCCCCUUGAAGUUAGUAACUAUGCUCUUGACCAAACCAAAGAUGAAGAGAAGGUUGUCUUGACUGGAACUCCAGAUGGACCACUUGUGGCAUUGGCUUUCAAAUUAGAAGAAGGGCGUUUUGGUCAGUUGACUUAUCUUAGAAUCUACGAGGGUGUAAUUCGCAAGGGUGAUUUUAUAGUUAAUGUUAACACAGGCAAGAAGAUCAAGGUUCCUCGCUUGGUUCGGAUGCACUCUAAUGAAAUGGAGGACAUUCAAGAGGCACAUGCCGGGCAAAUAGUUGCUGUAUUUGGUGUUGAUUGUGCUUCAGGUGAUACUUUCACAGAUGGAUCAGUUAAAUACACUAUGACAUCUAUGAAUGUCCCUGAGCCAGUUAUGUCACUGGCCAUUCAACCAGUUUCAAAAGACUCCGGAGGACAAUUUUCAAAAGCUUUGAAUCGUUUUCAGAAAGAGGAUCCCACUUUCCGUGUUGGCUUGGAUCCUGAGAGUGCUCAGACCAUAAUUUCUGGAAUGGGAGAGUUGCAUUUGGAUAUAUAUGUGGAACGGAUUAGGAGAGAGUACAAGGUUGAUGCAAGUGUUGGGAAACCUCGUGUGAACUUCAGGGAAACCAUUACUCAGCGUGCUGAAUUUGAUUAUUUACAUAAGAAGCAAAGUGGAGGGCAAGGACAAUAUGGACGAGUAUGCGGGUACAUCGAGCCAAUUCCACAAGGGUCAAUGACUAAGUUCGAGUUUGAUAACAUGAUCGUGGGACAGGUUAUACCAUCAAAUUUUAUUCCUGCAAUCGAGAAGGGCUUCAAAGAAGCUGCCAAUUCUGGUUCUUUAAUAGGGCACCCGGUAGAAAAUCUUCGAAUUGCUUUGACUGAUGGUGCUGCUCAUGCUGUGGAUUCUAGCGAACUUGCAUUUAAAUUAGCAGCAAUAUAUGCUUUUAGACAGUGUUACACUGCUGCAAAACCUGUGAUACUGGAACCUGUAAUGCUGGUGGAACUGAAAGUACCAACGGAGUUUCAGGGUACAGUUGCAGGUGACAUUAACAAGAGGAAAGGUGUGAUUGUUGGAAAUGACCAGGAUGGGGAUGAUUCUAUAAUAACAUCCCAUGUGCCUUUGAACAAUAUGUUUGGUUAUUCGACUGCUCUACGUUCAAUGACGCAGGGGAAAGGGGAAUUCACAAUGGAAUAUAAAGAACAUUUACCUGUCUCUCAGGAUGUGCAAAUGCAAUUGGUAAACGCCUACAAGGCCAGCAAGACAGCUGAAUAGGAGAAGAUUUCCAUAAAAGCAUAUGCUUCUGUAUUCCUUACACAAGCCCCAUGGGGUUUUUGUAUCUUUUUUUGACGACCAGGUCUACUUUUAUAGUAUAUUGAUUAGUUCGAUCAGAUUUGGAUCAAUCAGUUUUGGAAUAUGCCGUGGGGCACUUUAUUUAAUAUUCUUGUUAUAAUAAUAUUUAUUGUAUUAUUUUAUUAAUGGGUUAAGAUUUUA